AUGGAAGACGGAGAAUCUAAGCAAGAAAAUCUUCAAUCUCUCCACACAGUCACAAACCACGACGGUGAUUCACUCAAGAAACCAUCUGCUUCAGUCGUAGACAGGUUAAAGCGUGACGAAUGGAGCGAAGGAGCUGUUUCGAGUCUACUCGAAGCCUACGAGACCAAAUGGGUUCUCAGAAACAGAGCCAAACUCAAAGGUCAAGACUGGGAAGACGUGGCUAGACACGUAUCUUCACGCGUUAGCCACACCAAGUCCCCCAAAACUCAGACACAGUGCAAGAACAAGAUCGAGUCCAUGAAGAAACGAUACCGGUCCGAAUCCGCCGCUACUACUACUGCCGAUGGCUCCUCUUGGCCUCUUUACACUCGUCUCGAUCAUCUCCUCCGUGGAACUGCUUCGACCUCGCUGCAACCUCAGCUUCAACCUCAAGCUGUUGUGCCUUUGAAUUGCUCUGUUCCUUUGCUUCUACUCGAACCACCGGCUCCGGUGGUGGCUCAUCCGCCACAGCCACCUUCUCACGGAUCCAACGGAGUAACAAAAACUCCCAAGGAAGAUGGAAUUAAGCCGGAGAAAGCGACGGAGAUGGAUACAGAUAGUAGUACGCCGGUGAUUUGCAGAGAUAAAGCGAAGGUGAGACCGAAGAAAGUGAAGAGAAGGUAUAAAGAAGAUAAGGAGGAAGAGAUCGCCGGAAGUAUACGGUGGUUAGCGGAAGUGAUGAUGAGAUCGGAGCGAGCGAGAAUGGAGACGAUGAAAGAGAUCGAGAGGAUGAGAGGUGAAGCUGAGGUUAAGAGAGGAGAGAUUGAUUUGAAACGAACUGAGAUUAUGGCGAAUACUCAGAUUGAGAUUGCUAGGCUCUUUGCAGUUGCAGCUUCUGGACACAAAGGUGUUGAUUCUUCACUAAGGAUUGGAAGAAACUGA